AUUAUUAAAAUCUGCUAUUGAAGAUUACAAAAAAGGAAAAUACAAAUCAGCUUAUGAAUCUUUUAAAGAACUUACUUGUAAAGAAAGAGAAAAUAAUACUGAUGCCGAGAGAAUUCAAAGAUAUG